AUGACUAUUUUUGACGAGAUAGCCGAGAAAACCGGUGACGAUCAGUGGGAAGAGUGGAAAAAUCAGGUUCUCGGCGCAAGAGACGAAAUUGCUGCAUUUGUCGCCAGUCGUCGGCAAGGGGACGAGGCUAGAGAGUUUAUUAACUGGUUUGAGGGCUCCUUCAAUUUCUGUCUCCAGAUCCUCAAAUUCCUUCACGAGCAGACUACGAUUCCUGUCCCACGACUAAUAAGCUGGGUGUUAACAGAGAACAGUCCGCAGAAGUUUGGACCGUUCAUUAUCUCGGAUUUUGUUAAGAGAGUUCACUUGUCUAAUAUCCUAAAGGACCCCGCCAAUCGACAGAGGCUCUACUUGAACCCAAAUAUCGAUAGACGAACACUAGACAUUAUCUUCGAUCAAAUCGCCGAUAUCAUGCUUCAGCUCUUCCAAUUCAAUUUCGACCACAUCGGAGCCAUCUUAAAGGACCCUGCGUCAAACGCAUGGUCUGUUACUAGAAGACCUCUAACCUACAGCAUGAACGAGUUGGCAACUACCGCCUUCUACCCUAUCGAUAAAUUCCCUACCGCUCCGUUUAAAUCUUUAACCCAGCGCAACCUCUCCACCAACGCAGAGAAUGCUCGGGAGCGGUAUAUUGCUCGUCAUUUGUUUGCACAGCUGGUCAACAAGUACUACAUCGACGACGACUACAUCGACGACGACUACAGGCCUUUUAAACUCUUCUGCGACGACUUCCGCCCCCAGAACAUACUCGUGGACCCGAAGACGCUCCGCAUCACCGCCGUGCUUAAUCUCGAGUUUACAAAUACCAUACCAGCCCAGUUCUCGCACAAGCCGCCGUGGUGGUUACUGCUAGCGGGGCCGGACUCGUAUCUUUUCCGAGGUCACACCAUAGAGGAAUUCGUAGCGGCCUUCGAGCCCCGUUUGGAGCAGUUCCUGCAAGCAAUGCAACGGUUUAACUACGCGGCACGGAAGCCGUUCGACGUUGACGUCCUCUUUGACAACUGCUUGAAGGAGGGUGGCGCUGGUGUUGAGUGGCUGGACGAGGAGGCGCGUGUAGGGUUGGAGCCGUUCGUCCAGAUGAAGAUGAAGCAGUCGAAGGCAAAUGACAGCGAUUGCACGAAGUUUCUUUAAGGAGUUUGGUAGCAUUGUACCGUUCGUCAUCUGAGGUAAGUUUUCCAUCCUGCAAUCGCCUAGCAUCAUCAUAGGCUGCCGCCACACCACAUGAACUGUUCAAAGGUAUGUUAUUGAGGGUCGUCCGGUGGAGAAGGACAUUCUGUUUGUGGAAUGCACG